AUGAUUGUUACCAAAUACGCUGCGGUUCUCCUCGGUACUGUUCAGUCAGUACACGCAUGGGGUGCUCUUGGCCACGCGACCGUCGCAUACAUUGCUCAGUAUUAUAGCCUUCCAAACACAGCGUGCUGGGCUCAGAAUAUCCUAAAAGAUUACUCUACUGACUACUUGGCGAUAAAUGCUUCAUGGCCAGACGAUUAUGACCAUUCAGUAGCUGGUAGAUGGUCAGGGGUACUUCACUUCAUCGACGCCCACGAUUGCCCACCCACCGUGUGCAAAAACAAGCCUACCUGUUGCAAGGUCGACUAUGAUCGAGAUUGCAAGUCUCAAGGCUGUGUCAUCUCGGCCAUAGUGAAUUAUACACAUCGUGUGAACGACCCGAAACUGGACGAUGAGCAAAUACGAGAAGCUCUCCUCUUUCUCGUCCACUUCCUCGGCGAUGCAACGCAACCGUUACACAACGAAGACAUCGCACAGGGUGGCAACAGCAUUCACGUAAAGUUCAACGGAAAGUCCGUGAAUCUACAUUCUACCUGGGAUACUUCUAUACCAGAGGCGAUAAUCGGUGGGCACCAGCACUUGUUACCCUCUGCUCAGGUGUGGGCGCAGACUCUUAUCGAUGCCAUCGAUAAUACUGAUGGCAUAUACCAUCUCCUGUCGGCCGGAUGGAUCCAAGGUGAUACUACCUCGAACGUGAAGGACUCAGUGUUGAGGUGGUCUAGCGAGGCAAACGCAUUGGUAUGCACCGUUGUGAUGCCAAACGGUCCUGAUGUGCUCAAAGUUGGGGAUCUUUAUCCUGUUUACUUCGAUUCGGUCAAGGACACUGUCAGCCUUCAGAUUGCUAGGGCCGGUUAUCGACUUGCUAAUUGGCUCAACAUGUUAGCACCUCCAUGUUGUAAAGAGGGAGGCUCGAUAUGUGUGGAUGCCCCGUCUUAUCAAAAACCAAUAAGCUUUUACCAAGAGGAACUUUAG